AUGCAGUCUGUAAUGCCAUCUACGCGUUUGUGUGCAAACACUUGGCUCUCCAAUCCCGAGAAGGCUAUUCCUGGCCAAUUGAUUAUUAUCUGUACCUGGCUUGGGGCUUCACCCAAGCAUGUCGGAAAAUACACCGACCUCUAUCGGUCUAUUGCACCACACGCCCGGAUUUUGUUGAUCGAGUCUGAUGUCUCGAUAUUGGUGAGCAGCUACGCACGCCAACGUCGCCGGAUCCGACCUGUGGUAGACAUCGUCCUGGAGACUUUAGCAGAGACAGAAACCAGCUCUGACGACAACGCACCGCGAAUCCUACUGCAUACCUUCUCAAAUGGAGGUACCAACACCGCAACCCAACUUCUGAUCAUACUCCGUGAGGUCGCCUCCAAGCCGCUACCAUUGAUAGGGCUGGUUCUGGACAGUACGCCUGCCAAGGGGACAUACUGGAAGUCGUACAAUGCAAUGGUCUUCUCCCUUCCUCCCGCGUCUCGAUUCGUGGGCUCAAUGGUAGUCCACUGUCUAUUGGUACUACUGUACACCUGGAUAGCAUGUGGAAACGAAAACCCAGCGAGUCUGAUGCGUCGUACCCUCCUGGACAAGGAUACUGUCGGCCCUGCGCCUCAGAGACCCGACCCCGAAGCUAGGGGAUACAUAUAUUACAUGUACUCGAAAGAGGAUCGUCUGACUGACUGGAUGGAUGUCUGGGAACAUGCAGGGAAGGCUAGGGAGGAGGGGUGGAAGGUCAAAGAGGUCGUCUUUAAAGGCACCGGCCAUUGUGCACACAUGCCCUUUGAUCCGAUGCGGUAUACGGAGUGUGUAGAGCAGGCAUGGGGUGCAAUCAGCAAGCCUGAGUCCAAGCUGUAG